AUGCUUCCUGUAUGGCUAUUCCAGGACAGACUUGAGCGUAAACAUAAUAAGAGACCCGUUUUGAUCAAUUACUUUGUCACGCGAAGACAGGAAUGGGAUUAUGAUUAUCAGGCUCUCGUUAUGCUGACGCACAUGUUUAUCCCCGAUAAAGGCUGGAAGAGGGUAUUUCUAUGUAAUAAUAAUCGGUUCGCACUUUCGAAUAACACCACAUUCCGUACAUACGUGAGUUCGUACAUACAUGAUACACCAAAGACCAAGCAAGUGAACGGCGUUGUGAACGAGAGUAAGACAGCACCGAAUGAGAGAGAAUUCAACCAUUUUGGCAUAGAAAUGCUUCCGCGUUGGCUUCAUGAACAAUUAUUCAAAAAACGCCCAUCCCCGUCUGAAAAUUGUCUUAGAAUAGCAUCUGAUCAUCUCUCGAAGAACAACAUAUCAAUCCAGAAAGACAAUACGGCUGCUCCGAUCCCUCAAUUUAAGCUGCCAAAAAUUGUCGGUUCAUCAAUUGCUCACCAUUUUUACAACAUAGCAAAUCAACAAGCUGAACCGAUCAAUCAAAUUGCUCGAGAAUUUUCAAAGUCUAACAUACUCGAGGUUCCAAAACGCGGCCAAUGGCAAUUUAGAGCGGGUUGGACAAAAUAUUAUAAUGAUAAAAACGAACCAGUCGAAUAUCCUGAGGAAGAGAGUCUAUGUUUUGACGUUGAAACAAUGGUUAGAGACAGUAAUUUUCCUGUGAUCGCGUGCGCUGUAUCUUCAACUGCAUGGUAUUCAUGGGUCUCACCUCGGCUCAUAGAAUAUUUAAAAUAUAGAACUUCGAAUGACUCAUUUGAUCCAUCGCGUGGCUGCUCACCCUCUCUUACCGAGCAUUUAAUUCCGCUUGGUGAAAACGAUCGACCGAGAAUCAUAGUUGGACAUAGCGUUGGAUAUGAUAGAGCAAGGAUUAAGGAAAUGUAUUCUCUAACGUCUCCCAAUAUUCAUUUUCUCGAUACGGCUGCUCUACAUAUUGCAGUGACUGGGUUAUGUAAAACCUGUCCGUCAUGGAUAAAGACCGACAAGAUGUGGGAAACUUAUGAUACCAAUCAACUCCUCCAUUCAAAAGAUUUUCAUGCGCUAUACGAUCUCAGCCUUAUUAGCAGUCUUCGAGAAGUAUAUUUAUGUCAUUUUUCUGGUGAGCUAGAUAAAUUACCACGUAACGUGUUCGUUGAUGGGAGUUUAGAUGACCUAAUAGUCGAGGAUACCUUUCAGGAGCUUAUGUCUUAUUGUGCUAAGGAUGUGACAGUGACUUAUAAGGUAUUUCAAAAAUUAUUGCCAAAAUAUCUUAUUAAAUAUCCGCAUCCAGCGUCGUUCGUGGGCAUGAUGCACAUAUCAGAUACAUUUUUAACAACGAAGAGUGAUUGGAAUAAAUACAUAAACAAUGCGGACAUUAUAUACAAGGAACAGAUGGACACUAUAGAAAGGAUGUUCCAGCAGUUAGCAGACGAAGCUGUGAAAAUUCAUCCAUCCCAUGCAAUGAACGAUCCAUGGUUGCAACAAUUAGAUUGGACAAGGAUAGCACCUAUACUCCUCCGUCUCAAAUGGAAAGGAUAUCCCGUGUAUUACACGAAUGCUUUCGGAUGGACUUAUCGAGUUCCUAUUAAUGAUUCAACAUUCAAAGAACAAAUUUCACCCUGCACUUGGCCGGCCUCAUCGCUAUCACCUUCUUACGAACCAAAAUAUGCCAAGGACACAGCUGGGAGAUAUUAUCGUAUUCCUUAUCAUGAGGGUUUAAAAUGUUCAUCAUUGCUUUCUCGUUAUUUUCUAUCUGAAAUCGAAUCAGGAACACUUUCAUCUGACUCAUCUACGGCUAAGUCAAUUCUCCGAGCUUAUGCUUCGUGUUCCUACUGGAAGAUGAACGAAGAGAGAAUAAAGUCAACGGUAAUAGUUUACGAUACGAAAAGUGACGGAAUGAAGUCUGGAAUGAUACUUCCAAUGGUUAAACCACUGGCGACAGUCACUCGUAGACCGAAGGACUAUCUUUGGAUGUCGGCCAAUGAACUACAUAAAGAACGUAUUGGGUCAGAAUUAAAAGCUCUAAUUCAAUCGCCAGAUGGAUACAAAAUUAUAGGCGCUAGACUAUCAUCUCUGGAAUUAUGGAUUUACGGUCUUUUAGGAGAUGCUCAGUUUGGUAUACAUGGAGCUUCGGCUAUGAGUUGGAUGUUGUUACAAGGAGGCACAUCGGUUACCUCGAAUCUGCAUACACGAACUGCCAAUAUCAUGGACAUAUCUGAUAGACAAGCAGAAGUUAUCAACAAUGCAAGAACGUUUGGAAGUGAUGAGACUUUUCUUACGCAGAUGAUUAAGAAAUACAAUAAGAAGAUUAGUGAAGGGAAGGCUAAAUCACUAGCAAAGAAAUUUAUUAAACAUACCAUUGGUUUAAAGUGGAACGCAGCAAAUGCCCAGAUGAAUGUUCAGUGGUUAAGCCAACCAAAUAGCCAAUCAUCCACCAAAUUACGAUCAACACCAAAAGGUUCCGGUCUGGUUUUUGGUGGAAGCGAGAGUUAUACUGUCAAUACACUUAAUAGCAUAAUUAGAUCUUCCGAGCUGUGUACACCAUUUUUAGGUUCCUGCCCCACAGAAGCAUUGAAUCAUUCAUGCGUGAAAAAGGAUCACGUGUCAUUACGUCUAAACUGGAUAAUCCAGUCAUCAUCUGUUGAUUAUAUUCAUUUAAUGCUUGUCGCUAUGAAGUACUUAAUAGAUACAUAUGAUAUCAAAGCAAGAUUUAUGCUGUUAUCACAGGAUGAAUUGAAGUAUCUUGUUAAAGAAGAAGACAGUUAUAGAGCAGCAUUAGCGUUACAAGUGAGCCAUUUGUGGACAAGGGCAUUAUUUAGCUAUAUGCUUGGAAUUGAAGACUUACCUCUGAAUGUAGCAUUUUUGUCAAGCAUAGAUUUUGACAGCGUUCUUCGCAAUGACAUUGGUGCAAAUUGCAGCACACUCUCAUACGUACCAGUCAACACACCAAAUGGAAUUAGUGUAUCCAUUCAUGACAUUCUACAGCAUCAAACAUCUCUUGGGAGAUCCGUUCAUAGACAAAAUAAUAUUUCGGCUGACCCAGACAUAAUUGCACAAGAUGAAAGCCUAUUACAUCCGAAAAAGCCAUUGGUGAAUGACUUGGUUUUGAAGAUACAGUCACUGUCUUCUGCAAGAGAGAUUGAAACUUUUCUGAAUCAGCACAAUAUAAAUAAGAAGGCCAAUAAACAUGCACCAGCUUUCAUAAAUAUUGCACCACUUGUGACGAAAAACUUAAACUGUAAUUUUCUAACUAGCUAA